AUCAACUGAAAAGCGGUUAUUUCAACUUCCGGUGCGGUGCGUUCAUAAAACGUGAAUAAUUUCUUUCUUUGGAGGUGUCCACCAACACUGUAAAUCUUAUAUUCUAUCAAAAUGGCUUAUAAAGGAGCAGGACAGAAAGUCCAGAAAAUUAUGGUUCAACCUAUUAACUUGAUUUUCAGAUACCUUCAGAAUAGAUCAAGAAUACAGGUGUGGCUCUAUGAACAAAUCAACUUGCGCAUUGAAGGUUGCAUUGUGGGUUUUGAUGAAUACAUGAACUUGGUUCUUGAUGAUGCCGAAGAGGUUCACAUGAAGACACUGAACAGAAAAAGAUUAGGGCGCAUCAUGCUAAAGGGAGACAACAUCACAUUGAUUCAACAAGUACAGUGAUCUGAGUGUCCAUGUUAUCAGCUGUUGUGUGUGAAUGAUGGAAAAUGUUGGUUAUGAGAAUCAUCAUGUUACCUGCCCACAUCCGUCAAAUCAUUUAUUUCCAUACAAAAUUUUAAUGUUUCAUUCAUUUGUAUAAAUGUAGGUAUCAUUUUAUAAUCAAUCUACUGGUCUGAAAGACCUUUCAAAAUUUCUUUUGGUCAAAUUAGUGUAAAUAGUUUAUUGAAAUUUCACCUGUAAUUGUUUUUCUGCUGAUGUAAGGUGUAUGUUGUGUAUAUUUAGUCUUGAAUUUUCUGUACUUUAAAAUGUCCACUGUUUAUACGUAAUUUGUCAAAAACAAUUAAACUGUUUUAUUUUUAAGA